CCCGCGGGCCCCGCCGCGCCGACACCGAGCUCCCGACACGACGCCACACGGCCCGGCCUGGCCCGGCCCGGCCCGGCCCGCCGCGAUGAUGCCGGGCAGGACCCUCCGCAAGGUCGCUCCGCCCGCCGCUCCCGCAGAGCGGAAGGCGGUGGCAGAGUGUGCCCUGGAGCUGCGGAGGAUCGGCGACAAGUGGGACCUGCGGCAGAAGAUCUUGAACCUCCUCGUCAAGCUCUUCUGCCCGGAGACGUGAUGCGACGCGGUGUGUUGAAAAGCGGUGGAAGAAACCUUGACUCUGUGGAUUUGGAACGAGAAACUUCACUGACGCUGGGAGAUGAUGAAAGCUCUUUGUGUUAUAUUUUGCUGCCCGUAGCCACUGAAGGAGGAUAGCUGUCACAACGUGAUUUCUUUGAAGGUUCUUUCAGCGAUAUUGGCUUAGGAGUGCCAGGUGGAAAAAAAAAUAAAAGAGAGCGAUGGGGAGAGCCUCUUACCACGUGAUGGGGGCAGUUGGGGCAUGACGGAACUUGCCCCUCUGCCUCAGCUCAGAAGACUUCCAGGAGCCUGGUUUCCCUGUCUGCACUCUGGUCCUCACAUCCCCCAGCACCAAGGAGCUCGGACCACCUUCAAGGAAGAAGCCAAAAAAGUGUCUGUCUUGGAAGCUGGGAUUGUGUAUCACAAGGCAAAAAGCCAGUUUCUCAGUUUCUGAUUUGAAAAGCAUGUUUUGAAAAGCAUGGAUUCUGCUGGACAGCGAUCUGGUGGUGGGAUUAUUUAAUUUGCUAAGUAAACUACUUAAGUCUUUAUUGAGUGACUAUAUGUUACAGGAUGUUGCUUUGGGGACUAAAAAUGGUAAUUCUGUGAAUUAACAUGACAUUGAAUACUUCUAGUUUAUAUUAUAUAUAUAAUAUAUAUUAAAAAAGUAGGAAUAUGUGCACCCUAUCUGUAUGAAAUGAACAUUUCACAGAACUAUUAAUGAAAUUCUACUGACUAGGCUCAAAAAAUAGUAUGAAGAUGUUCAAAACAUGACAUAAAAACACACUCUAUUAACUAAAAGAAAGUAUAAUGUUUCCUGAUAAUAAAGGAAACACUUUAUGCAACACAGAGAGGAGCAACACUUUAGCAUAGCGUUAUAGAAGAUGCAUAUAUGAAUAUAUAUUACACAAAUACAGAUAUUGAGGUAUGUGUGUUUGGUGGAAGGAUUCCUUUUGCUUCACAAAGAAUUUCUUGGGAACAGUACAAUACUGCUGUGUCUUUGUAAGUAAAACAAAUAACUCUGUGAUAGAAGUAGAUAGGAAAGUUGGAUCCAAGUUCAAUCUCAAGUGUUUUUUUGAGAAUGUUAUUUAUUCAAAGAAAGCAUCUACCUCUCUUUGAAAAAAUAAUAUUGAUAGAAUUAAAUGUUACAGUACAGGAAAGCAGUCUUGGAUUUCUGAACGUUUAGCUGUACUUGCCAAUGAAGGUUCUUCCCUUUAUGUUUCUUUCCAUUUCAUUUCAUGGUAACCUUGUUUCAGUUCCAGAAUGAUAAAGCUGCUGUAGCACAUCCAGCGGAUGGUGAUGCAUUAUGUGCAUCUCACUGGGUUAUUACCUUUGGCUGGCUUUGGAGGAGCUGAAUUAAGCAUCCUGGUCACCAUCGAGGCAAACAGUGACUCUGCUAUAGUCAAUUCAUGUCAGACAUGAUCCUCAACAGUAUUUUUUUUAAUAGGUGCAUGCUAGCAAGAAAAUGGCUAAAGCUGGUCAAGUUUUCUAGCUACCUCUUAGGUCAAUGGGCAGAGUUUUCCUUCUCUUAGCUUAAGCUCUUUCCUUCUCUUAACCUUGUAUGAAGCUGUAUAGUUGCACUUUCUGGAUCUGCUGACACUACAUUUUUUUCCCUGCCUUGUAGUGAAUUAUUGUUUGUAUUAAUUUUUUGGUGAGCUCUUCUGAAUCUGCCUUUGCAAAACUGCAGUCACAUAGCUCCAGUCACUCUGUCACAAUCAGCUGUGUAUGGCUGCAGUUGUCACAGAUUCCUCUAAGCAGAAGCUGACCGAUUUUGCCUGCUUUCUGCAUGGAAGACAACCUCAUCCCAGUGACAUUACUGGGAGCUUUGCCAUUGUCCUGAACCAUAUGCACAGUUCUCUCCUCCUUUAAGCCAGCUAAUACGUUUUCAGUGAGAACAUAAUGUGUCAAGAAUAGUUGUUAUUCAUCUUAGUACUGCAAAGUAACGUGUUUUGCUGACAUACAGAGGUCAGUUUUUCAGGUAUUAAAGAGUAAAUGCAAAGAGCUUCUGUUUUGGUACUGCUGUGUGCAGCCCUGACUAUGUCAGGAGAGCUCCCACUGUAUAUCCUGGGCUUGGUGGACUCAUCGUCAAGGAUGCUAAACAGCGAUUGUGCCUGUCUGGGACUCUCAGGAAAAUCCAGCAUUAGCAUUCAUUUGCAUUAGUAGCUGAGAUGUAUUUUCAUAAAAGCAUUGUGCUCAAUGUAUGCUGCUUUGAAAUUCCAUAGGAAUCUAGGUGUGGCCUUCACAGGGCCUGCUGUGUUCUUCAGGUUGUAGCACACAUGAAUGUUAUGAAAUAAAAAAGCGUUCUCAUAAAUGCAUUGUCAUGGGGAUAUCUGAGCUAAAGUAUUGGCUCACUGUUUUUCUGUCUAGAUCUGCAAGGACUGUUUGCUUUCUUUGUGAAGUGUUUUUAGGCUUCUCUGAGCUCUCGAGAGUGCGAGCGUUCACCGGGGGCUCAGGAAGAAGACUUAGAUCCAAGCAAUCAGUGCCAGUAUAUGAGCAAGCACUCGCUGGUGCCCUCCCUAGGAUUCCUUUUGUUGCUUUUGCAAAAGAUGUGCUAUAUGAUGGUGUCAACAUGAGUUUGUUUUUCUUAAGGCCUGUCCUGGAUAUGAGCCAGAUGUUUUGCUGUACGCUCCCUGCAUGUGUGUGUCUCAAAUCCUUGCUGAGAUAAUAAAUAUGAAGUGUU